AUGAAUUCAAACAAGAAAAGUAACGAUGGUUAUAGCCUCAUUCCUUCACACGAUCUCCUGAAGGAGCCAACCAUGGGCGUCGAACAUCCACAUGCACAUGCACCCACCAAAGUUGAGAAAGGGAGAAAGAAUGAUAAGAAGAAAGUUUGGAUUUGUUGUUCAGACAUCGUGGUAGAGUCCAAUGAGAAGCUUAAGGAGGACGAGGUCAAAGGUAAGAACUUGUUGUUGUCAAACGUUGGGACUAAGCUAGAGAAUCUCGAAGAGAUGGAAAUCAUGAGCAACAAAACUCGCUUCCUCGUAUGUUUCUCCAAGGUUCAAGUGAUCAAACGUUAA